GUAACUCCCUUAUCACUACGUUUAAAUUCAAAUUGUUGGCACUGGGAACUGAGGUCUAUCUUUGCUGACAGCCUGGACUAGCUGAGUUUGGUGUGCUGGCUCAGGACAAAGCAGUUCCCCAAGACUUCUCCUGUUUGGACGAACAAUACAAACCACAAUGAAGCUGAUCUACUGCUGCAGUGCCUUGCUCCUGCUCCUGCUUAUUCCCAGAGCCUGUGAAGGUGGCAACAUCUUGGUCUUUCCCAUGGAGGGCAGCCACUGGGUGAACAUGGAUAUUCUACUUCAAGCCUUGCACUCGAGAGGACACAAUAUAACUAUUGUGCGUUCCAGCAAAAGUUGGUACAUCAAGGAGAAAUCGUCUUAUUACAAUGCCUAUACAGUUCAAGUGGAGAGGAGCUUAAAUCAGAAGUUCAUUACAGAAAUUGUAUCUAGCUAUAUUGAAUUUGAAAGGGGGGCUCUUCCCUUGACAAGUUUUCUCCACAUGACUGUAGGAAUGUUCGGCACCUUUGUUAAAAUACACCAAGCUGUGGGUGAAUUUGUAACGGCAGUGCUCGAUGACCAAGAGCUGAUGAGAAACAUGAAGGACAGCAAGUUUGACCUGGUACUCACUGACCCCAGCUGGGGCGGUGGAAUCAUUUUGGCCAAAUAUUUGAAUCUUCCUUUGGUUUAUAAUGUACGGUGGCUAAUAGCUGGAGAGGGUCAUCUUGCUAUCGCUCCUUCACCGUUAUCAUAUAUUCCUAUAACAGGAUCUGGAUACACUGAUAAGAUGACUUUUUUUCAAAGAGUUAAAAACAUCAUAUUGCAACUAAUUACCCAAACACAAAAUGAGCUGGUGAUUAAGAUAGUUUACCAGGAAAUAUGUGAUAAAUAUCUUGGGCCUGACAAUGACUUUAAGAUGUUAAUGCUUGAUGCAGACAUCUGGCUCAUGAGAGUGGACUUUGUGUUUGAGUUCCCCCGUCCCACCAUGCCUAACGUUGUCUAUAUGGGAGGGUUCCAUUGUAAACCAGCAAAACCUCUUCCUGAACACCUGGAGGAGUUUGUGCAGAGUUCUGGAGAGCAUGGGGUCAUCAUCAUGUCUCUGGGGACUUUUGUGAGUGAACUUCCUGCUGAUCUUACAGAAUACAUUGCUGCAGCUUUUGCUAAAUUACCUCAGAAAGUCAUCUGGAGGCAUAAAGGUGACAGACCAGCCUCUCUGGGCAACAACACUUUAAUAGUCGACUGGAUGCCCCAGAAUGAUCUUUUAGGACAUCCAAAAAUUAAACUAUUUGUGGCUCAUGGAGGAACAAAUGGAGUUCAAGAAGCUAUUUAUCACGGAGUCCCAGUUGUGGGUCUACCCUUGUUUUUUGACCAAUAUGACAACCUGCUGCGUCUGCAAGAGAGAGGAGGAGCUAAGAUUCUAGCCAUUCAAACAGUGGACCAAGACGACAACUUUCUUAAGGCCAUACAGGAAGUCCUGAAUGAGCCCUCCUACAUGAUGAACAUGCAGAGACUCUCCAGGCUGCACAGAGAUCAGCCAAUCAAGCCGCUGGAUAACGCCCUCUUCUGGAUAGAGUUUGUCAUGAGACACAAAGGUGCAGCUCACCUGAAAGCAGAGUCCUACAGAAUGCCCUGGUACUCCUACCACUCUGUGGAUGUGUUUCUGUUUCUGGCUGGAGUUUUUAUUCUCAUGCUCUUUACUACUUUUAUUUUCAUGAGGUGUUUAUACACUGCAGUGUGUAAACAUAAAGUGAAACGUGACUGAUUUUCAAUGAAUAUACACUAUUGUAUACUUAGUUAGAAGGAAACGUCAACAUGAAACUGAUUUUGGAAUUCAUCUAAAAAUUGAUAUUUGAUUUGUUUGACUGUCCAUUCAUGCAACAUUUUGAAAAAUUAUGAGCAAAAACAUUAUUUUGUAUGUGAUAUGUACUUGUUUGAUUAUAUUUUUCUUAAAUAAUUUGUAUGAACUCAAUGAACGGUGUGCCCUUUUUUCCCCCCACAACACUACAAGUUAAAUGCUAGAAAUCAAAGUAAAUCCAGUUAUGUCUUAUGUUUUAUGAGUGCAAGUCUGGAUAUUUAUGAUUUGCAAUUGACAUUUGUUCAAGGGCAAUAGUAGAAGUACUCAGUACCAACUGAAUACCCCCCGCUUACUAAUAACUUUCCAAGUAGGUAGGAGAAACCUAUGGUGCCUUCAGAUAAUGUAAAAACGCACAAGAAACACAGACUCACAAAGGGUCUCAGAAUCAACUUAUGAUCAUCUGUUUGGUAAUAAGCAUAAAAAUAUUGUUUGAUAACUAUUUUGUCUUUUUAAAAAUAUUUUUUGAAUUACACUAAUGGCUAUGAUUGGUCAGCAAGUCUAAAAUUAUAAUUAAUUUAGUAUAUUAUUAUUGCUACAUGGCAAACAAGGUACCAGUAGGUGCAGUAGAUUCUCAGAAAACCAACAAGACCCAGCAUUCGUGAUAUGCACGCUCUUAAGGCUGUGCAAUUGGGCAAUUAGUUGAAAGGGGGGUGUUCAAGCAGUGUGGCAUUCAAUCAGAGGUCAUCAAUUUUGUGAAAAAACAGGUGUGAAUCAGGUGGCCUCUAUUUAAGGAUGAAGCCAGCACUUGUUGAACAUGCAUUUCUCUUUGAAAGCCUGAGGAAAAUGGGUCGUUCAAGACAUUGUUCAGAAGA